AUGAAGUCUCGUCAGCGAAAGCUUCUUGACCAAAUCAAAAUCACAAACAACAAGAUCUAUGAGGAUAUGCCCACGGGCCGCCGCCGACGGCUGGCUCCUUCUGUAACUGGAAGUGAGUCAUCUCUGUCGAUGGCGCUGCCUGGCACCGCGGAAAAUGCUUCCAACCUGUCGAAAUCAUCUAGAUCGUUACAUCUCAAGAGGAAAGGCACUUUGAUCCGAUUGAAUUCUACUCGUUCACUGCCGAGAAGCCCGAAUUCGGCAACAUAUGCGCCUUCCUCACUGUUUGGCUCCGCUCCGUCACCAGUGAUAGUACCCAAGCGCAAGUUAGGCAGGCCCAGACUCUACUCGGCCUCCGUGAUAGAAAACAUCCCAGGCCAUCAUUUCGUGGUACGCAUCAAGUAUAAUGUGCGCAAUCGCAUGGCUCGCCGCUUACUCGGCGCGACGCCCGUGGUUCUUGAGUCUCAUUCCACUCGAAAAGUGCUCCGCCCAAAACCUGUCCCCGGCAGAAAACGAGGUCGCCCGCCUCUCAAGCGGCCCAUUGUAAACGAUUUGCCGCUGCCGCCAGAGUUGCCGCUACUGCCACCUCGAGAAGACGAAGCCGAAUUGCCCUACAAGGGCGUACUUCCUUUCCCCGAUUGCAUCAUCAACGAGACUGAUCCCACUCUUCUGGACCGCCAGCAAUUCGAGGAGUUCAGGAUUCGGGGUGAUAUUCAGCGCGAACUCUCUCAACGAGAUCUCAUUGCGGAUGGCCACGAAGAUGCUAGACUGUCGCCCACUCCAAUUCCCCAAAUGGCUGAGUACUAUUACCUGCGCUCUCAGAUUGCCAAGAUUCAGUUCAGAGACUAUGUCAUUGACACAUGGUACUCAGCUCCAUAUCCUGAAGAGUACUCACGCUGCAAGAUCUUGUACAUCUGCGAGCAUUGCUUGAAGUAUAUGGGCUCGCCCGCAUCCUACGAGAGGCACCAACUCAAAAACUGUAAUGCGUCCAACAAUCAUCCACCUGGUGUGGAGAUAUAUCGUGAUGUACAAUCUCGCGUGGCUAUAUGGGAAGUGGAUGGCCGCAAAAACAUAGACUACUGUCAGAACUUGUGUCUCUUAGCCAAGCUCUUUCUCAACUCGAAAACACUAUACUACGACGUGGAGCCGUUUGUCUUCUACGUGCUCACCGAAAUCGACGAGAACGAUCCUUUAAAGUAUCAUUUUGUUGGCUACUUUUCCAAGGAAAAGUUAAACAACUCUGACUACAACGUUAGCUGCAUCCUCACGCUACCCAUAUACCAGCGCAAAGGGUAUGGAAGCUUGUUAAUUGAUUUUAGUUACCUUCUUUCUCGCCAUGAGUUCAAGUUUGGAACUCCAGAGAAGCCUUUGAGUGAUUUGGGCUUGGUCAGCUAUCGGAACUACUGGAAGGUUGCCAUUGCUUACACUCUCAAGAAUAUUCACAAUGAUUUUUUGAAGAACAACACUUCUAAGCAAAUCGUUGUUUCUUUAGAGAUACUCUCCAAGCUCACAGGAAUGAAACCCUCGGAUGUCGUUGUUGGUCUAGAACAACUAGAAGGUUUGAUUAAGUCCAAAGAGACAGGAAAAUAUGCAAUUGCUAUCAACUUGCCAAUAAUCAAUGAGGUCAUCGAGAAAUGGGAACUGAAAAACUACACCACUUUGGUUCCACAGAAUGUUUUGUGGAAGCCCUUAAUUUACGGUCCAUCUGGUGGUAUCAAUUCAGCACCGCUCAUGGCAGCUCAGUCGAACAAUGGUCAAUUGCCGCAUAAUAACGGACAACAGCCUGCAGCGGUCAGCAACAGCAUCUCUAUGAUUUCUGAUUUCCUCAAAGAUGACAUAAAUAAUCCUUUCACAUUUGAAGAAGAGGCUUAUAAGGAGAUGGAGCAUCGUGCCAAUGCUGCCAACAAAGGUGUCUACGAGUUCUGGAAAACCACAGACCCAUCUGAAUUGGAUGUCGAUAAGUACGUUGUGUGUCACCCCGAUUUCGCCAAUGGGAUACCUAUGCGCCGGCCCAGUAUAUCUGAGGAGAGCAUCCGAAUUGCUAGCGAGGAUGAGGAUAUCCCCGUUAGUGAUGGAGUCGACUCAAUUGAAGCAGACGAGUAUUUUGAUGCCGACGAAGACGACAUUAUGGAUGAUAACGAUGAGGCGCAAGCUGUGGAUGGGGAAGAAGAUUCCGAUGAAGAUGAAGAGUCCGAUGAAGAUGAAGAUGAGGAAGUGUCUGAUGAGGAAAUGGAUGACGCCGACGAAAUCAAUGGAAAUGUUGAAAAUGAACAAAUGGCCAUACCCAAUCAUGUUCUGUCAGAAAGCGAAGAGGAAUCCGAUGAAGACAACCUUGAUGGAGAAUCUGAUAUUAUGGACAUCGCUGUGGAAGAUUAUUCCGUUGAGGGAGCCGAGGUAUUCGGCAAGUCAUUGAGGAACGGAAGCCGUCGCUUACGCACCCCGCCCAUCAAUCGAUUGACACGGCCCAGCCAGAUAGCUAAUUAUGACGGCACAUACAAUGGAGACGGAUUGCGUCGGUCUCCUAGGAGACGGUGA